UGUGCUUCCCCACCAGAAUCCGAAUCCCAAUCCAAUCAUGGAGAAUGUGGGAACGAAACGUGAAACUCUUUACGACCGCUGUCUCUGCUGUUUUGUUUCCAAGCUCAGCUAUAGGUCCCAGUCCGUGGCAGCAGUCCAGCAGCUCCGUUACCUGCCUCCCAGUGUGCUAAUAGACAUUUAUGUAUUGAUGUCCCAACGAGAAGAUCUGAAGCAUAUGCUGUUUGAACAAAUGGCCGAUUUGCAGAUUUUUGAACGUCUUUUGCGUUUUGAUCCGGCCCGUCAGAAACUAUUUCUUUGUCUAGCCACAUUGAUAAGUAGAGGGAAACAGUUGGCCAAGGAAUUAGAGCAAACAUUUAUUCAACGUUAUGCCGCGCCAUCAACAUCGUCAUCAACAAGAACACACGUUCAACAACAAACAACUAAGACUGCUUCCAAAUUGGCUAAAUUGGCCAAAGCAAAACUAACUGUAUCAACUUCCACACCGUCAACAUCAUCAACUCUAUUGUCUCCGCCUCAUACUGAUGAUGACUCAGUAGAUGAGGAAGCAAUAAUAGAGGCUGCUGAUUCUUUGGCACUGUCAUCCGAUGAUAAUGAAUAUAACUUUGGUCUGGAUGUUAUCGAUUUUGGUUUACGUUUAGGAUCAUUUCUUUCGGAAGCCGGUUGGCUGUCGGAAAGUAUAGCCAUACUACAAGUUGUUGCCAACCGUCUGAGAAAAAUGGAACCCACAAAGAAAAUAAAAAUCAUCUAUUUGGACUGUUUACAGAGACUUUUACAUUCAGAAUCCUGCUCCAGUAAUUUCAAAUCAGCCGAACGCACAUUUGAUAUCAUGAUGGAAUUACUCAAAGAAAUCGACCAAGAUGAAAUUCCCAAGCCGCUAUUGGCAAACACCCAUACACAAAUUUCGGAAAUGUAUUUUGCACGCAAUGAAUACGAUGACAGUCAUAUGUGGAGUGUAGUCGCUAUGCGCAAUUUAGAGGAAACUACACCAGAACGUAUUGCCAUUGAUGUUCUAAGACAGGCAGCCAAGGCUUGUGUGGUGAAACGUGAUUAUCAACGAGCAAAUAUUUUAAUUUGUCAAGCUAAAAGUAGAGCGAAAAAAACAUUUGGUGCUAAUCAUCAAAAGUAUGCCGACACAUUACUGGACUAUGGUUUCUUUUUGCUAAAUGUCGAUUCACCCUAUCAGAGUGUAAAUGUCUACAAGGAAGCCUUAGAUAUCAAACGUUGCGUCUUUGGCAAUCGUAACUUCCAUGUAGCCAUGGCUCAUGAGGAUUUAUCCUAUGCCUAUUAUGUCCACGAAUAUAGCACGGGCAAUUUUACAUGUGCCCGUGACCAUAUUGAGAAAUCCGUAGAUAUUUUAAAACAUUUGGUGCCACAAAAUCACUUGAAACUGGCUUCCGCGAAACGAGUUAAAGCAUUGUUGCUGGAAGAGAUUGCCUUGGAUAAAAUGGCUGAGGGUGUCGAUGACGAGGGACUAUUAAAACAAUCUGAAGAGUUGCACAAGUUCGCAUUGCAAUUAUCAUUGGAAGUUUUCGGCGAAGAAAAUGUACAGACUGCAAAAUUAUAUGGCAAUUUGGGUAGACUUUAUCAAACCAUGAAUCGAUUUGAGGAAGCCGAACGUAUGCAUCAGAAAGCAAUUAAAAUAAAAACCGACCUGUUGGGACCUUACGAUUAUGAAGUUGGUCUAUCCAUAGGACAUCUUGCAUCUUUAUAUAAUUAUCAAAUGAAGAAGUAUAGGGAAGCGGAGGAAUUAUAUUUACGCAGCAUUGAAAUCAGUUUACGCUUAUUUGGUCGUUCAUAUUCUGGCCUUGAAUAUGAUUAUUUGGGGCUGUGUCACGUCUAUGAGACAUUGCGAGAAUACGAAAAAUAUUUACAAUAUGCACAUAUUUUGGAAAACUGGCAAAUUUUACGCGGUCAAAAUCUAACAAUGAAUAAAACAAUUUAUCCUGCUAUUAACGAAGACUGUUCCCUGGAGGAGAUUAAACAACAAUUUUUCAAUAUGUGCAACCAUAACUUAACACCAUGCAAUUAAACAAACAA